AUGGUUUAUAUCUCGCCGCCAACGAACGUCCCCAAGCUCAAUGCUUACGUCACGACCAGCCUGCCCGACGAUGCACUGGCAAAGCUCAAGAAGGCAUUCGAGUUAGGUGCAUGCUCGAGAUUCAGCCCCAUCCUCGAGAUGGUGAUCAAAGAUGAUCCUUCAUACCACAACAAGUCACAUGCCGAGAUACGGCGUGCUGAAGACGCGGCUGGUCGAACAGAUGGAUUCGUCAUCAUAGACAGUCAUGCCGCCUCGGAUGUUGCAGUUUGGUAUGUUGACUCAUUUGCGACGCAAGACCAAGUCGACUCCGACGAGGCCGAAAGCGUCAACGUCCUCGUCAAGAUACUCGUUAAAGCAGAAUGCCUGCCACUUACUUGGGUCAACUACGAAAUUGCCAACAUAGACAUCAUGGAGGACUUGGAUAAUUGUGGAGUGGAGAUGCCACUCACAGGAGACUACGAGCAAAGUACCAUCAGCAACUGUGGCGGGAUGGACAUGGAAGAACAGCAAAGUCAUCAGCAGCUAUGGUUUACUGCAGAACCUGGUGAAUUCGAAGAGUCUACGGAUCCCAAUCACCUCGACAAUUUCAGACCACGCCCUGAGAAGGUUGCAAAAUUGUAUGAAAAUCUGGCGAAGGAAAACGGGAUUGUUGCACACUGGACCAUACCCUCCCCUGCCCGCUCGGUCAAAUUACCAGACGGCAGCAAGAAGACCUUUCCUGAGGGUAGCAUCAUUCUUCAGCACACAUGGAAUCCUCAAUUCCCCUGGCCCGAGUACAAGUGGCCUGAGGGGUCACUGUAG